AUGUGCUACAGAGUUGUCGAACGAUUCUCCGUCUGCAAAUGCGUCUACUUUGAACACUCAACGGACCCCUGCGCCGCCUAUGGUCAGCGCGGUCACUCUAUCCAGGAAAAGACUGUGUUGGUGGGUUAUGCUUGCACAAUUCACUCUUCGCGCGGUGCUUCUUCCUCGCCCAGUGCUGGUCGCUGGACGGAUUCCGGCUACUCCAGUUCCAAGGGAUCGGGGCGGUAG